CUUAGACUUGUAUCAUGGCGGCCUUGCAGAGAAUCUUUCUUGUCAUUCAAGUCGCACUCGCAAUCAUCGGAAUACUGAUUGCAUCAACAACAGCAACAGCAACAACACCUCAAUCACUGCCCAACUGCCCUGACAAAUGUGGGAAUCUCACAGUUCCUUAUCCAUUUGGCAUGGCUGAAGGUUGUUACCGGUCCAACCCCUUCUUUGUCAAUUGUAGCCAAGCGACCGAGCCCCCAACAGCUUAUUUGUCCAAAAACGGCAAUAUCAUCGUUACCAACAUAUCCAUUGCUGAUGGUGAGGUGCAAAUAUUUAAUACUAUAGCUCGAGAUUGCUAUAACGCCUCCGGUUUGAGAACCACAAGGAACAGCCCUGUGCUACAGCUGAGAUCGACUUACACCAUCUCUGCUACCAAAAACAAGUUCAUUGCCGUUGGUUGCGACACUUACGCAAUUUUCAAAGGAUUCCGGGGCACAGAUGAGUCUGUAACUGGAUGCAUGUCAGUAUGUAACAGCCUAGAGAACGUUGAUCAGAAUUCUUGCUCCGGCAUUGGGUGUUGCCAAACCAACAUUCCUAGCGGACUGCACAAUCGUACUGUGACACUGGACAGCUAUACAAAUCAUUCAGGUAUAUGGGACUUUAACCCGUGCAGCUAUGCAUUUAUUGUUGAAGAGACACAGUUCAAAUUCUCCAGGAACACAACUUUUCAACAACUGAACGCCACCACUCGGCUUCCAAUGGUACUCAAUUGGGCAAUUGGGGAUGAUCCAGAUCCUUGUGAUUUAGCUCAAAAGAGAACAAAUUACGUAUGCAAGCGAAAUAGCAAGUGUGUGAAUCCCACAGAUAGGAAUGGCUACAUUUGCCAGUGCUUGGAAGGUUAUGAAGGGAAUCCAUACCACCCUGAUGGUUGCCAAGAUAUCAAUGAGUGUGAGGAUUCAAACCACUGCAACCAUGGGGAGUGCAAUAACUUGCCAGGAAAUUACUCUUGUACAUGUUUGAAGGGAUACAAGAUCGACAGCAUGGAUGACAAGAGUUGCAUCGAAGAGAAUCCCAAAAAUAAAUCAAAGAUAUCUCUCCUGCUUAUUAUUUCAUUGAGUGUAAGUAUGGGUUUAUUGAUCUUAUUUGUGGGGAUUUCAUGGAUAUGUUGCGGAAUAAAGAGAAGACAAUACACUAGACUCAAAGAAAAGUACUUCAAAGAUAAUGGUGGCUUAUUGUUACUACAUCAACUUGCUAGUCAUGGAGGCACAGUGGAGACAACAAAAAUAUUUUCGACAGAAGAACUUGAGAAGGCAACAGACAAUUACCACGAGAGUAGAGUUCUAGGAGAGGGAGGAUAUGGAACAGUUUACAAAGGCAUACUACCAGAUGACAAAGUGGUCGCCAUAAAGAAGUCGAAAGCUGGUGCCCCAACCCAAAGUGAUCAGUUUGCCAAUGAGGUGAUUGUUCUUUCUCAAAUAAACCACAGAAAUGUGGUGAAACUACUAGGUUGUUGUUUAGAGACAGAAGUACCUUUACUAGUAUAUGAGUUCAUCACCAAUGGGACUCUUUAUGAGCACAUUCAUAAGAAAAGAUCACCACUGCCAUUUGAAUUACGAAUGAAGAUAGCAGUUGAAACAGCAGAAGCAUUAGCAUACUUACACUCCUCCACCUCAAAUCCUAUCAUACAUCGAGACGUGAAAGCAGAAAAUAUUCUGUUGGAUGAUAAUUAUACGGCGAAAGUGUCAGACUUUGGAGCUUCACGAUUGAUUCCAUCAGGUCAAACUGAAAUACAAACCUUAGUGCUAGGGACCUUCGGUUACCUAGACCCAGAAUAUCUGCAAACAAACCAACUAACAGAAAAAAGUGACGUCUACAGCUUUGGUGUUGUCCUAGUGGAGCUACUUACUAGCAGAGUGGCACUUUUCAAGGACAAAUGCUUAACAAGCAUCUUUCUUUCUUCCAUGGAUAGAGACUGCUUGAAUCAAAUUCUUGACGAUGACAUUGUAAAUGAGGGAAACAUUGAGACGGUAAAGAAUGUGGCCGGUCUUGCAAAAAGAUGCUUGAGAGUAAUAGGGGAGGAAAGGCCCACCAUGAAAGAAGUAGCGAUGGAGCUAGAAGGAAUGAGGAUUACAGCAAAACAUCCAUGGGGAACUAAUGUUAAUUACAGUAUCGAAGAAAAUGAGCACCUACUUGGGUCACUUGAUUCAGAUGCUUAUGUUUUGGAUGUUACAGGAGGUGAUGGUAGUUCUAGUGGUUUCACUACCGGUACAACCUCGGGGUAUGACAGCAUACAAACACAAAUGUUUAUGCCGUAUGGUGAUGGACGAUAGUUAUGUAGCGUGUUGCUUCUUGUGUAUCUAAUAUGUAUUCUUUAGGAAUAAUUUUUGAAUUUAAGUAGUGCCUCACAGAAUAAAAUCCUAUGUUAUGAAA